UUGCUGUAGCUUUGUAGUUUGUAUUAGAGUGAGAGUAAUUAACAACAAAAACAAAAAGAAAAACAAAAGAGGAAGGGCAAACAGAGGCUCCAUUAACAAAAUGGGUUGCAGAAAGAAAAGCUUGACGCUAAUGAUUGUAGUAGCAAUAGUGUUUGUGUAUGGAGGAAAGCAGGUGGACGGUCAAGUUCACCAUGUAGUUGGGCAGGACAGUGGCUGGGAUGCUGCUUCUGAUAUUGCGUCAUGGGCUGCGGGUCGGACCUUUCUUCUUGGAGAUUUCCUUUGGUUUGGUUACUCAAGUGGAUUACACAACGACUAUGUAGUAGAACUAAAAACCAAAGAAGAAUUUGAGUCAUGUGAUGUGAGCAAUCCAAUCAAGAUGUACAUCAACGGUGUAGAUAAGAUCUCCUUUGAGGAGGAAGGAAUCCGCUACUUCGCAAGUGCCAAUCCAGAUAAAUGUAAGAAAGGUUUGAAGUUUCCUGUGGAGACCAAGUCCAAAUCAACGGCUGAAAUUCAAUCAUCAUCAUCAAUGAAAACUACUUUGGCCUUAGAACCCACAGCUCCAUCAUCUUCUUCAACUAAGUUUAGUGGGUCCGCUCUUAUGAUCAUUGCUGCAUUGAUUAUCUAUCAAAUGGGUGUUUAAUUAUCAUUUCAAUAUUAUUAAUCUUCAAUGUUUUUUUUAUUGUUUCCUUUUUUUUUUUUAAUGUAUUGUUUGAUUAAGAGUGCUUAAUUAUCAUUUUAAUAUUAAUCACUUCAAAGUAUCUAGCAGUGAAUUUUUCUUUGAUGAAGCAUUGUGAGAUAGGGUGGUUUUUUAUAAAAAAUAAUUAAGAGGGUUGUUUCAGAUUUCAUUCGGACACAUAAAG